AUGGCCUGGGACCACCUCUCCAUCACCAAGCCCCAUCUGGUGUACAUCAUCUUGGGCGGCUUCACCAGUCUGUUCAUGUUGUGUUCCUCUGUCAUCAAGGAGCGUCUGUACAUUGGUGAAGCCACGGUUGCGACUCUUUGCGGCAUCAUUUUCGGUCCCCAUGCCGCCAAUCUCAUAGAUCCAGGAACAUGGGGCAACGUCGAUUUGAUCACUCUGGAAUUCUCGCGCAUCGUCUUGGUCGUGCAAUGUUUUGCUGUUGGCGUUGAAUUGCCGAGGGCGUACAUGGAGAAGCAUUGGAAGUCGGUGACACUGCUGCUCAUCCCGGUCAUGACGUUUGGCUGGCUGAUUACCAGCCUGUUCAUCUGGGGUCUCUUUAAUUCGCAUCUCAACUGGCUAGAUAGUCUGUGUAUCGCGGCCUGUGUCACCGCUACCGACCCAGUCUUGGCCUCCUCUGUGGUUGGUAAAGGUAAAUUCGCCAAGCGUGUUCCCAAGCAUUUGCGAGAUCUUUUGUCCGCCGAAUCUGGAUGCAACGAUGGCAUGGCCUUUCCCUUUGUCUACCUGGCAGUUUACCUCAUUCGCUACCGUCCGGAUGCCUCCAAGGUCGCCUACCACUGGAUCUGCUACACCGUUCUUUACGAGUGUCUGUUUGGUGCUGUCUACGGAGUCGUCAUUGGAUACGCAGCUCGUCGUGCUAUUCGCUACGCUCACGAGAAGGACCUUAUAGAUCGCGAGAGUUUUCUUGUGUUUUACUUUGUCCUCGCACUUUGGUGUGCCGGAUCCGGUUCGCUGCUCGGUCUGGACGACUUACUCGUAGGAUUCGCCUGCGGCGUCGGCUUUUCCAACGACGGAUGGUUCUUGGAGAAGACGGAGGAAUCCCAUGUGUCCAACGUCAUCGAUUUGCUCAUCAAUUUGGCAUUUUUUGUUUACUUUGGGGCCAUCAUCCCGUGGAACCAGUUCAACUCACCCGAGAUCAUUGGCCUUUCCCCAUGGCGUCUGGUGGUUCUGGGUCUCCUGGUUCUCUUCUUCCGACGUCUACCGAUCAUGCUUAUGCUCAAACCCGUCAUUCCAGACAUCAAGACGUGGCGCGAGGCAUCCUUUGCUGGCCACUUUGGGCCCAUCGGCGUUGGUGGCUUGUUUGUGGCUAUUCUUGCACGGGCUGAACUGGAAACCGAGACGACGACGCCUUUGGCUGUACUGCCUCCCGAGGGCUUCGAGCACCUCAAUAUCAUCGAAAUGAUCUGGCCGAUUACCUGCUUUUUGGUCAUUGUCAGUAUCCUGGUACAUGGCAGUAGUAUUGCAGUCUUCACCCUUGGCAAGCGUAUCAAUACUCUGACCAUUUCCAUGUCAUACACACAAGCCAACGAGGAUGGACCUGGCUGGAUGGACCGUCUACCGAGGAUUCAAUCCCGAUCGAGAUCGUCCAUGGGUCGACGCGGCUCUGAAACCUCUUUGGACGAAAAGUCGGAAGGUCCUGCUGGAAAUGGAUUCGCAGGUGGGUUCCUGCGACGCCAAAAGGAGGAGGAUAGUGCAAGUCGCUCCAACUCUCGUUCCAACUCUCGGGGCCCCGGAACUCGACGAAGACGCUGGGAUGCUGGGCGAGGUCCUGGUGGACCCAUCUCUCAGUCUGCCAUUGGGCCUAUUGCUAGGCUUGACUUGGAAAAGGGAGAAGCCACACCUACAGAUGGCAACGAUGCGUUCGGUGAUGCCAUGGCGGUUUCUACUAGUGAUAGUUCCUCCAACGGUAAAGAGAAGAUGAAGCAGCUUCCAGAGAAAGAGGGUGAGAUUUUCCAAGAAGGCAACAAUACUGUCAUCGAGGAUGAAGAAGGCAAUGUGUUGGGUGUCAGAGAUAGUCACGGGGAACACGGCGCGCAAAGGAGGCAGCACGACGGUGAGAGAGCAAUGGAACUCCUCAGAGAAGAAGACGUACAGCACGGUGUUGCACAAAAGGAACAUGGUAGCCCGCUCGAGGAAGCUCCAGGCAAGAUUGAGACUGCCGUCGAGCAUCCUCACAAAACUUGGCGGAAACGCAUGCAAAGUUUCUCUGGCCAUCACCACAACGAUGGCGAGGAGAAGCAGGCCUCGAAGUCCAAGCAGCCCGAGCAAAAGCGUGGACCAGCUCUCGCGUAUCAAUUUGGUAACACCAUUAUUGUAGAAGACGAGGACGGCGAGGUAAUCAAGAAGUACGACAUUCCAAGCGCGCCAAAGGCUGGUAAAGAUGGACGUCCGACAGCUCAGCGUGGGCAGUCGAUGGUUGAGACUUCGAGCCGUGCCAUUCAGAGUCUGAAACGGAUGGGAACACACAUGGGUGUGCCGCAACAUACUGAUGCAGGACCUUCCGGUACCGGGGCUACUGAGAGCAAGAAGAAGAAGAAGCCGGAAGAAGAGGAAGAUGACGAUCGCCUUCGCUUCACGGUCACGGCUGGUGGGCGCCGGAUGAGCAAACUGGAAUUCAUCCAGCAAAUGGCCCAGAUGAAUCCCAAGGACCGCGCCAAAUUCGUCCAAAGCAGCAACGCGCCCGAGGCUGUCAAGACGGCCGCACAGGAAGAUGCAAAGGAUCUCACUGACGCUCAGCGCCGCGGUGCAGCUUCAAAAGCCAAUGUUCCCCCAAUUGUCGGCGAAGAAGGCCAGGCCGAGAUUCAAAAGAUUGAAUCGCCAGCCGCAGAACGCGAAGGCCGUACCCGAGGUCCCGAAGGGCUGACAUUGGUCGACAGCAAUAACGAGGAUGUACCAUUCCACUCUGUCCGUCAAGAUCUUGCAGAUUACUCCAUGGGCGGGAACGGAGAAACUGCAGCAGCGCGUCGCCGCCGUCUUGCCUCUCAACACUCGUCCUCCACACAAGUCGGCUCCCGAAAAGAAAACGCAGCAGAUCAAUCCUCUGACGAAGAAACGCCUGCAGAGCGACGCCGCCGUCUCGCAGCUCUCCAAGGAUCCUCAUCCCCCCCGCCACCAACCAGCUCCGAGCGCCGCCCCGUCUCUCCCAAGGCCCCAGACGACAACGCUUUUGAGGGAGAAACUGCGGCAGAACGUCGCCGCCGGCUCGGCGCCCUAGGCGUAGGUGGCCAACAAACACCGGAAUCAGAUUCCGAGGACGAGGAGACGGGCGAUCCCCUUGAGACGGGACGUGGGACCCAUGACGCAAAGGCAAAGACAAAAGGGCCGCUUUCUCCGCCCCGUACACCGGGUAUUCGGUUUGCGGAGCAGCCGCGCGUGCCGACGAAGGAUGAGCGCGCAAAGGAGGAUGCAAGGGAGAAGGAGGGAAAGGAGGGCAAGUCUGGUUUGAGUAAGUUGAUUCGACGGAAGUAG